GGCUGACACUGCGGUUGUAAGAGUAGACCCUGCGUUUCACUAAAUCUUUCAAUCCUGAGCUCACUUGCUGUCCCAGGGAAGCCAUGCAGGAUGAAGAUGGAUAUAUCACCCUAAAUAUUAAGCCUCAAAAACCGGCUAUCUCCUCAGUUGACCGUGCUUCCUCUUCUUGGUGGCGUGCUAUGGCUUUAAUUCUGCUGUUCUUGUCCACGGGGAUGGUUUGUGGACUGGUGACCAUGGGGUUGAUGUCUGUCAUGCAGCGGCAUAACCUACAAGUUGAGAAUGAAAAUCUCUCCGGAAAGGUGCAAAAAUUAGCGAAGAAUUUCUGCCAACAUAUAAUAAAACAAUUAGAAGAAAACCAAAAGCGCAGCGCCAAUCACAAAUGCAGCCCCUGUGAAACAAACUGGAGAUACCAUGGAGAUAGUUGCUAUGGAUUCUUCAAGCACAACUUGACCUGGGAAGAGAGUAAGCAGUUCUGCUUCAACUGGAAUGCAAGUCUUGUGAAGACCGCCAGCAAGAACACCCUGGACUACAUCAAAGACAGGACUGUUUUCAUUCGUUGGGUUGGAUUAUCCCGCCAGAAUUCUGAUAAGGUCUGGUUGUGGGAAGAUGGAUCCGCUCUCUCCAAAAAUAUGCUUGACUUCAUUGGCGAUGGAAGAGAAAAUAUGGACUGUGCUUACUUUCAUAAAGGGAAGAUCUACCCUACCUUCUGUGAGAACAGACAUUUUUUAAUAUGUGAAAAGAAGGCUGGUAUGAUGAAUGUGGACAUACUACUGUGAUGCAA